CUCUUCUUUGCCUUCUUAUCCCUUCCUAGUAACCUUUGUUCUCUGGCUGUUGGCCUCUCGUCGAUGAAAAAAGUAUGCUUGACAACCCUAACCGAUUCAUCGGGUACCCACCCGAAAUCCGCCCAGAUGGUGACCAAAUUACUCUUCUGAUGUGGGUAUUUGGUGAAUUCGGGCAAGCAUGAAACCCGCGAAUACAGGGGAUGGGUGGCGACAGAGUUCGUGAAUCAUCAAAGGUUAUUGUCGAGGCAAUGGAAGGGGUGUUCUUAGCUCCAGCAAUGGCAAAUUCCAAUACUAAAGAUCAAGAGGAAGCUGGGGGACUUGUGAUGAAAAAGCAUCUAAUAUCCCUAGAUGACUGAUUUGUUGGAAGUUUCAAGUGAUUGCUUUUGAAGGAUGAAUGUUGUUGUUGAGUUGGUUUCCAUCAUAUUGUUGCUUGCUGUUGGAGGAAAGGAUCAAAGGAACUCGUGGAACUCGUGUGUUAGUUUAGGUUUUAGUUUAUUUUCUGGAUGACGAUAUUGGGGCUGAUUAGCUUUGUUUUUCAUUCUCUUCUUUUUGAAUCUGAACACUAGUCAAUAGAUGUAGUGAUGAACAUGUUUUAUGGGUUUUGGAUGGUG